AUGAAGUGGACCAAUUUUGCUGUAGCACUGUUUGCCAGUACUGUGCGUGCUGCUGGGGCUUCUGCUGACGCCAGCGAUGUUCUUGUUCUGAACAGCGAGAACUUUGAGUCUGUGCUUGCCGAGAACCCCCUGGUGUUGGUCGAGUUCUACGCCCCCUGGUGCGGCCACUGCAAGAACCUUGCUCCCGAGUACGAGAAGGCUGCCACCACUCUUAAGGAUGAGUCUAUUGUUCUCGCCAAGGUUGAUUGUACCGAGAAUCAGGCUCUUUGUGCCAAUUACAACAUUGCCGGAUACCCCACACUCAAGGUUUUCCGUGGCGAAAGCAACAGUGACUUCCGAGGUGGUCGCCAGGUUGACUCUAUUGUGAGCGCCAUGCGUCGCCAGAACACUCCUCUGCUCACUGACAUCACCUCCAAGAACCUUGACGAAGUUGUUGACAGCAGCGACUACGUUGCAUUGGCCUUCUUCGACAAGAAGAGCCAGGACAAGAAGGAUCUGUUCAAGGACGCUGCCGAGACCUACCGUGAGCGUCUCCGUGCUGGUGUCUCUGAUGACAAGAAGCUCGCCUCCAAGUACGGUGCCAAGGUCCCUGGUUUGGUUAUGUUCAAGAAGGGUGAGGAGCCUGCUGUUUACGACGGUGACUUCUCUGCCGAGGAUGUUGACAAGUUCCUGAACUCUGAGGCUUUUGCUGCAUUCACUGAGCUGACCCCUCAUAAUUUCCAGGCUUACGCAGAGUCUGGCCUUCCUCUCUUGUACGUUUUCGUCACCAGUGAAGCCGAGCUCAAGGAGGUCGGUGACUACCUCGCUCCUAUGCUCAAGACCACCAAGGGCGUUAUCAAUGCUGCUUGGCUUAACGGCACCGCCUAUAAGGGCCAUGUUGAGAUUCUCGGUCUCGAGGACAAGUUCCCUGCCAUGAUCAUCCAUGACAUGGCGGCCAACCUCAAGUUCCCCCAUGACCAGACCAACAAGCUCACCAAGGCCUCUGUUGCUUCUUACCUCAAGAAGUUUGUCGCCGGCGAGCUUAAGCCCAAGCUCAAGUCUGCCCCCGUUCCCGAGUCCCAGGAUGGCCCCGUCUACAUUCUUGUUGGCGACGAGUUCGAGUCGGUUGUCACAAAGGGCAAGAAGGACGCUCUGGUCGAGUUUUACGCCCCGUGGUGCGGUUACUGCAAGAAAAUGUCACCCGUCUACGACCAGCUUGGACUGGCCUUUGCUGAUUCCAAUGUCGUGAUUGCCAAGCUCGACCACACCGAGAACGACGUUCCCUUGCCGAUCCGCAGCUACCCCACCAUCUAUUUCUUCCGCGCUGGCGAGAAGGAGCCCAUUUUGUACGAGGGUACCCGCACCUUGGAGGACAUGGCCGAGUUCAUCAAGACUCACAGCACUUCCGACAUCAACGUUGCCGAGUUGCUCGAGAAACUCUCCGACGCCGACGUCGAGUUCGAGUCCGAGUCUGACAGCGGCAAGCACGACGAGUUGUAA